AUGGGGAUAAAAGGAUAUGGUACCGGGAGUAUCGGUAACAUUGACUCAGUUGCUUAUGCAGGAACUGUUGGUGCUAUAGAUGUUGCUACGGGUUCUGAUACAGUUGCUGCUGCUAAUGGUGCUGCUAAUGGGAUUACGGGAUUUCAAAUUAAAAUCUUCGAUAACCUUUUUGAACACAGCAAUUCUUGCGAAGAGCUGUCAAGGGCAAAUAACAGUUUUGCAAUUGCUUGGACGGUUGAUUCGGCUUCCUCCACAAAAAUAUAUGCUCUUGCUGAAUGUUGGCUGUCUCUUACUUCUGAAGGCUGCCAAACAUGUCUGGAGCAGGCCCAGAAUCAUAUAGGCAUAUGUCUUCCGUCUAAGCAAGGUCAAGUCCUCGAAGCCGGCUGCUAUUUGCGAUACGACACGAAAUCUUUCUUUUCUCUCAAUGGCCUUGCAGCUACAAACACAGACCAACGCGGAGGAUCAAAAUCGAAGACUGUGUGCAUUACUGUUGGAAUUACUGGGGGAUCAGUUGUCGUAAUAGUGGCCGCUUACUUUGCCUAUUUCAAACCCAGACAACCCAUUUUUGUGAGUGAAGGGCGGGACACAGACCAGCCAGGUGAUUUCCGCCGUAAUUUCACAAACGAGGAACCAAAUUUUGGGGAAAAAGCUGUGAGGUUUGAUUACGAACAGCUUAGACAGGCAACUAGAAAUUUUGAUUACAAGAAUAAGAUUGGUGAAGGAGGCUUCGGCCAGGUUUAUAAGGGAACACUGCACAGCGGGAAGGAGAUAGCUGUAAAGAGGCUAUUUGCGAGUGAGUCGAACAAAGUCAUAAACGAUUUCUGGACAGAAAUUGAGGUUAUCAGCAGUGUCUCUCACCGGAAUCUAGUUACAUUGCUGGGAUGCUGUACGCUACAACACCAGAGGUUUCUCGUGUUCGAAUACAUGGCGAAUCGAAGCCUCGAUAAGCAUCUCUUUGGUAAAGGAAGAACUUACCUAAGUUGGGAAGUACGAUUCGACAUCAUAUUGGAUACAUCAAGAGGUUUGGCUUACCUCCAUGAGCAUUCUCAUGUACGCAUUGUGCACAGAGACAUCAAAGCUGCUAACAUUCUGUUAGAUGACAAAUUCCAGCCCAAAAUUGCAGAUUUCGGAUUGGCAAGGCUCUUCCCUCAUGACAGAACCCAUCUCACUACAAGGGUUGGGGGAACACUAGGUUAUACGGCUCCAGAAUAUGUAGUCUAUGGUCAAUUAACAGAAAAACCCGAUGUGUACAGCUAUGGAGUGGUUGUUCUGGAGAUCAUUAGCGGUAGAAAGUCUAUCCAGACAAGACUUCCAUCUGAUAUGCAGCUUCUACUGCCCUGGACGUGGAGACUAUAUCAAAGAAAUGAAGGGUUGGGUAUUGUGGAUCCAAGGUUUAAAGGAAGGUUCGAUGCAGAACAGGUGUUGAAAGUUAUAAAUAUUGCUCUUGCGUGCACACAUGACUCUCCAUCAAAGAGACCGUCCAUGUAA